CCCGCGGGCAGCUCCCGGCGCGCAGAGACAUGGUGCGGGGCAGGAUCUGCAGCUUGUCGGUGCGCGACGUGCGCUUCCCCACGUCGCUGGGCGGCCACGGCUCCGACGCCAUGCACACAGACCCUGACUACUCGGCUGCCUACGUCGUCUUAGAGACCGAUGCUGAAGAUGGGCUCAAGGGGUAUGGAAUUACCUUCACUCUGGGAAAAGGCACAGAAGUUGUUGUCUGUGCUGUGAAUGCCCUCGCCCACCAUGUGCUUAACAAGGACCUCGGUGACAUUGUUGGCGACUUCAGAGGCUUCUACAGGCAGCUCACAAGUGAUGGGCAGCUCAGAUGGAUCGGUCCUGAGAAAGGUGUUGUGCAUCUGGCUACCGCAGCCAUUCUCAACGCUGUGUGGGACCUGUGGGCCAAGCAGGAGGGAAAGCCUCUGUGGAAGUUGCUUGUUGACAUGGACCCCAGGAAGCUGUUAUCCUGCAUCGAUUUCAGAUACAUCACAGACGUCCUGACUGAGGAGGAAGCCUAUGAAAUACUGCAGAAAGGUCAGGUUGGCAAAAAAGAGAGAGAAGGGCAAAUGCUGAUGCACGGCUACCCUGCCUACACCACAUCGUGUGCCUGGCUGGGGUACUCGGAUGACACGCUGAAGCAGCUCUGCACAGAGGCACUGAAGGCUGGCUGGACCAGGUUUAAGGUAAAAGUGGGUGCUGAUCUCCAGGAUGACGUCCGUAGGUGCCGCCUCAUCCGGAACAUGAUUGGACCUGAAAACACGUUGAUGAUGGAUGCCAACCAGCGCUGGGAUGUGCCUGAGGCAGUAAAGUGGAUGUCAAAGCUGGCUGAGUUCAAGCCACUGUGGAUUGAGGAGCCCACCUCCCCUGAUGACAUUCUGGGACAUGCCACCAUUUCCAAGGCAUUGGCCCCGUUAGGAAUUGGUGUUGCCACAGGAGAACAGUGCCACAAUAGAGUGAUAUUUAAGCAACUCCUACAAGCAAAAGCCCUGCAGUUUCUCCAGAUUGACAGCUGCAGGCUGGGAAGUGUCAAUGAAAACCUCUCAGUGUUGCUGAUGGCCAAAAAAUUUGAAAUUCCUGUUUGCCCCCAUGCUGGUGGCGUUGGCCUGUGUGAGCUGGUUCAGCACCUGAUUAUAUUUGACUUCAUAUCCGUUUCUGCAAGCCUUCAGAACAGGAUGUGUGAGUAUGUCGAUCACCUGCAUGAACAUUUCAGGUAUCCUGUGAUAAUCAAGAAGGCAUCCUAUAUGCCUCCUAAGGAUGCUGGUUAUUCAACAGAAAUGAAGGAGGAGUCUGUGAAGAAACACCAAUAUCCAGAUGGUGAAGUCUGGAAGAAACUCCUUGCUGCUCAAGAGAAUUAAAUGUUCAGCCCUAACACUCUUUUCUAAGUGAAAACUUAAAAAACUUUUUGGGUAUGCUUUUGUAAAAACAAGGGAAAGGAUCAUCCUAGCAAUCAAAACAAGUUCAUCUAAAAGUCCUCGUAACCUCAGAAAUCA